AUGCCCAAUCAACUCUGUUCGAUAUGUCUAGAGCCUCUUGUCGAUAAUAUAGGCUGCCUAGAGAGUUGUAAACAUGCCUAUCAUUUGUCAUGCUUGAGAGAGUGGCAUAAUCAUUCACAUGAUAAGAAAUGUCCUAUUUGCCGAAUCCCCUCAAAUAAAGUGAAAGACUUGGACAACAAUGUCGUAAUUGAUAUAGACGAGUUUUACAAUCUAAACCAGCUGAUAUCGAUAUUGAGCAAUGGAAUAGAUACACUGAGUCUUUUAGAAGAUGACACUCCGCCUCUAGAGAUGAGACCUCCGAUGGCUUUACUAGAAUGUGGUAUAUGUGGAAUUAUGGACUCAGAUAUUGACAAAUGCUGCACUGAUUGCCGGAGCAUUUAUCAUGAAUAUUGUUUGAGGGACCUCCUUUGCGAGGUCGGCGAUAGAUCCAGUGAGAGCCGGUGUAGUGAUUGCCAGGGGACUCUUGUAAAUGUGACGUCCUCACCCUUAAGGUAUCGUUACAGAGGAAGAAAUGCCAUACCGCGAGUACUAAUGGAAGGACCCAGCUUGGUGACACAAAGACUGUACGAAUCUCAAGCAUUGGCCAACACACCAAUAAUACCACAAACUAUAUCUGGAGGUAAUAAUGCGGUGAUGGAAUCGUGGAAGCUACUGUCUCGAUUACAAGAGCAUCAAAACGAGGAGAUCUAUAAGAACAAAAACAAGAUUCAAGGCCACGUACGAAAGUCGCUAGAUUAUUAUUAUCACGGGUCUGGUAAGGAAAUAACAAAGGAUCAAUAUACAGAGGUGAAUAAAAGUGUAUCGCGAAAUCUGUAUCGGAUAUCGGGGAAUGUAUACCAACCGGGCAUAAUUGAUUAUGAUGCAGAGGCGCAUAAAAUGGUUUUGAAGGAGUUACGUAGAUUAGGAAUAGAGAUGUCAUGCUAA